GACCACGGCAAUUUAACAAAGCGAGUGGUUUGAAGCAGUUUACUUAAACAUACUGUGUAGAUUUUUGUUUAUCGCAGUUUUAGUGUUCAAUCGAUUCUUUAAUAUGGAAGUUGUGUAUUUUGUUUUGAUAUUUUUCGCUAUUAGCGUAAACUCUGUAGCUAUCCAUGGACCUAUGUUGACGAGAUACAACCCAUGCAGUCUGGGAGUGUUAUAUUUUGAUAAAUUAACUAAUAUAUCGUGGCAGGGGACGAUUAAUUUCAGUUUAUAUCCUAAUAUAACUGAUGCUGAUAUUGAAAUCACCUUCGAUAAGCCUAUAAGGAUUUUUGGGGCCUCGAACAACAGUACAGUAUACGCAAGGAACAACUGGCAUAGUUUCUUAUUUAAGCCGCGGGGAGUGCUUCCGCCUCAUUACUUUUUCUACAUAGCUGUUAUAGGUGACGUUUCAAAUGUCCCAAAUGUUGUCACAGUAAAAUUAAAUAACUAUACACUGUGCAAUCCUGCUGUUAAGAAUGAACUAAAUAUUCAGUCCUACAACGCAACACAACCAGACGACAAGUAUUAUCGUCAAGUUUGCGGGCGCCGAGCGCUCCACAACGCCGAACUAAGUUCGAUAAAGACUGACGCGAAAGCUGGCGACUGGCCAUGGCACGUGGCUGUGCUGAUCAGGGAAAACAUCUCUAAAUACGCCAGAUAUCAGUGUGGGGGAAAUAUAAUAUCGAGAACUGCUGUUCUUACAGCGGCGCAUUGCCUUUUCUAUAACUCAUUGCCCAUACAUAUCAGUCGUCUACUAAUUGUAGCAGGAGUGGACAAUUUAAAAUUAUUCAAUCAACCCGGGAGACAAUUACUUAACGCAGUCGAUGUAAUAGUGAACCCCGCUUAUAAGUCGGAUGAGUCGACUGCGGAUUUGGCCAUUAUUCGAGUGAAUGCAUUUAGAUAUACUGAUUAUGUGCAACCGAUAUGUCUUUGGGGCCCUUCGUAUGACAAAAGCAAUUUGUAUGGACAAAUGGCUGUGGUGGUGGGCUUCGGGACAACUGAGGAGAAUCAAUUAUCAGACACGCUAAGGUCAACGUUCACAGUGGUGCAGAAUGACACGACAUGCAUUUCGUAUUCACCCCAGUUGUACACAAGUUUGUUGAACGAGUUCACAUUCUGCGCUGGACUCGACCCAAAUGCCGGUACAAGUCCUCUUCAAGGAGAUAGCGGUGGAGGCUUAUCAAUAUCCACAGUCCAACCAGACCACAAAGUGAGUUGGUUCCUACGAGGCGUCCUCUCAAAAUGUGGGAUACCCGAUGGUGAAACAAUUUGUAAUCCAAAGUAUUACGUAAUAUAUACUGAUGUUGGCCCGCACUAUGGAUGGAUCUAUCACCAUGCAGGGUUAAAUUAUAUUAGCAAUAUUGUUUAUUGAUAUCUAGUAGACAAUUUACUAUACUAGAAGAUUGAAUAAUGUAAACAGUAAGGCUCGUAUUGGAGUGAGAGUAUAUAUGACUUUGUAUGUAUUGGAAAUCUAUAAGAGUUUACCAGUUUAACGUAGAAGUUCUGUUCUCAUAGAAUACAACAAAUCUUUAGAUGUACUUCUUGUUUGUACAAUAGAUAACUUAGAUAUUUGUAAAUAUAGUUACGUUGCUAAGACUUAUGAAGACGAUAUUUGAACAAAAAUUUAAGCUUAGUUUUAAAGGAAUAUAAUUUUUAUGUUA